AUGGAAUCACAUUGUAUCCGGUCCACCAUGGCGCUGGGAUUGUCCUCGAAGAAAACCUCUUCCCGGAACAUCUCAGUAGAAAGGAAAAACCUGAUUACCGUCUGCAGAUUCUCCGUGAAGACUUUAUUGGAAAAAUAUACGAUAGAACCCAUUGAUGACUCAUCAGAGGAGUUUGUGAACUUUGCUGCUAUUUUAGAGCACAUACUCAGCCACCGUUUCAAAGCCUGCUUCCUCCUAGGUCCUGUCAGUUGGUUUAGCUCUGAUGGACAACGUGGCUUCUGGGAUUACAUCCGCCUGGCAUGCAACAAAGUCCCAAAUAACUGCGUCAGUAGUAUCGAAAACAUGGAGAACAUCAGUACCUCCAGAGCUAAGGGCCGGGCAUGGAUUCGUGUGGCCCUGAUGGAGAAGCGCAUGUCUGAGUAUAUUGCUACAGCACUUCGGGAUACUAGAACUACAAGGAGAUUUUAUGAUGAUGGAGCAAUAAUGCUGCGAGAAGAAUCCACCGUCCUCACGGGAAUGCUAAUUGGCCUCAGUGCUAUAGAUUUCAGUUUCUGCCUGAAAGGGGAAAUUAUGGAUGGUAAGACACCGGUGGUUAUCGACUAUACUCCAUACCUGAAGUUUACACAGAGUUAUGAUUACCUAAGUGAUGAGGAGGACCGGCACAGCCUGGAGAGUAGCACCAGUGAAGAGAGCUCCCCUGACCACCCUUACCUACCCCUCGUGACCGCAGAAGACAGCUGGUACAUUAAAUGGCGCAAGAUAGAGCAGAAGUUUCGCAUCGUCUAUGCACAAAAGGGCUAUCUAGAGGAGCUAGUUCGGCUGAGAGAGUCACAACUCAAGGAUCUGGAGGCCGAGAACAAACGCCUGAAGUUAAGGCUGGAAGAGGUGAAGGUGCAGAAUCAGUUAGAGAAACGAGAGCUGGAAGGGGUCAUCCUGGAACUGCAAGAGCAGCUGACGGGCCUCAUCCCUUCAGACAACAGUCAGUUUACCCAACUCUCCAAGGAGAUGGCUGCACCCUUGGUGAACCAGUGGCCCUCUUUGGGUACUCUGAACGGUAAUGAAAGUCAUGCAGAAGCCAAGAUAUUCAGGAGGCACAGCUUCAUGAGCACAGAUCAGCUCUCAACAGAGAUAAGUUUGAGUUCUGAUUCACAAAGGAUGGGUGAAGGGAAACAUGAAGGGGAACCUUGGGGGCCACUGGGAAAGGACCCAACUCCAUCAAUGUUGGGCCUCUGUGGGUCCUUGGCCUCCUUGCCUAGCUGCAAGUCUUUAGCUAGCCUAAAAUCCAACGAGUGUCUGGUGAGCGACAGCACUGAGCCCAGCCCUGCUCAUAGCCCUAGCUGAGGCAGCAGCAGGCUGUUCUCACGAACCUCAAAGAUGCCUAUGGAGGAGCAAAGAUUUUGGGUGGGCAAGACAUCUUGAAUCAAGCCCUCUUGGCUUGGUUUCAGUAGGUGGGGAGGGCAACUGAGCUGUUUGUCCAGCUUGAUGCAAAAGGGCAAUAUGCCUGCUUCCUCAACAAAACUCUCUUAGAAACCCAGACUUUCUUAAAUUGGGAGCAGAGAAAGAAAACAAAAGAAAGGCUGCCCACUUGUCAGAAGCUGGAAGGAUUGCCUACCACAAGCGCUUUUGUAACACGAUGCUGCGUGUAUUAUAUGUAACAUAUAUAUGAUUGAGAUUGCCAAAAGGUGGCUGCCUCUGCAAAACAACAUUUAAGAAAAAGUCCUCUGACUGUCUAUUGCUGGAGGCAGAAAGAAAGUAGUACCUGUACAGGUUGGAAUUUGCUGCACAUUGUUCAACAUGAAGACUUGCACAAUGGACAGGGAAGUUGCCUGGCUGUGUCCAUCCCCUUUCAACUGAAGAGAAUGCCCUGUGGUUGUGUUCCUGACAACAGCAUUUUAAGACUUAAUUGUGGGGAGGGAGGUAAUUUGUUACCCAUCUUAAUCCCACCACCACGCUUCAAAGAUAACUGCAGCACCUGUUUUGGUUAAUCAUGCUACAAAAAGGGGGUUCAAGGCAGCUUCGGGUUCCUGGACAUCUUUGCAGCACAGGAAUCAUUUUUUGUCUUCCUUGGUCCUGCCAUACUCUUGAAUGAGCCUGCUUCCUACAUGUUUCUCCUGCAUGUUGCUAUCCCAUUGGAACUUUCUGCUAUGGGAACAGAAACAGCCUUGGAAGCUGAAGGAGAACCAAUAAUUGUACCUUGGCUUUUGAUCUGUGCCAUAGUUCUGAUGCAGCAAGGCAAGCUUAAGAAUGUACUCCAGGAUAAGUCAAGAUCAUCACUGACCACAGCUGAGAAACUGACUGGCACCACCUGGGGAGAUUGUUAGAAUAAAUAGACAUUAAAUCAAAUUAAGGAGCUGGCAGACAAUGCUUACUGAUGUUUAUUUUCUGAUAACAUGUUCAGGCCAGCUUUUAAUUCUGCAGUCACUAACCACUUCUACAGUAAUCAACUGUAUCAAGAAUGGGACAAGCCACUUAGUUUUCCCAUUCUUCCCUCCAAGUAAACACGUCUCAGUGGUUGUAUGUAACACAAAGGGGAGGGCUUCUUCCCAGAACCUUGCAAUAAUGACAGUAUUGUCAACAUUCCAGAACCACAGCUAAAAACAUUUGGUAUGUCUGUGUGGGUGGUGAGGGAAUUCACAUUUCUCCUAUUUAGAGUGCUGACAGAUACACUGGCUGUGCUUAUGAGCAUUGCAGACCCAGCCCAUCUUAGUUAUGUUUCAGCGUGUCACGUGAGCUUAGAAAACUGGGUUGACUAAACCAGACAAACACUAUUUUAGCAUCCAUACAUUUUCUCAUAAGCCAUUAAUUGCAUAUGGCUGAAGGAAGAAUGGGGAAUUGCUCAAGACCAAUUGAUAAGCCAAUGGUGGAUGCAUGAAACUCAAUAGGUUUGCUGCCAAGGAUAUUUAAGAGAGCCUUACCCCAGCCCAGCAUUUCCCAGUACUAGAUUAUGUAAAUCUUUUGAGGAACUCUACAUAGGCCAGGGCAGCAAUGUAGCACCUGUGGUCACCAUGUCAUAUCCGACUUCCCCAUGCAUGGUGUCUUUGGCUGUUAAAAUAAAUUCAACUCAUACUAGGGACCAUCUUCUGUACUUUUGAGGACCACAGGUUGGGAAUCUUUUGGUCUUAGCCAACGUACACCACUAGCUCUCAAACCCAGGACUGAAAUUUCCAUGUCCCAGCAGUAGUGCUCUGCUUACUCAGAGGGGAGAAGUCAUUAAAACAUUUAAGAGCAGAGGAAGUCAUACAGAAGUGAAAAGGGAUGUUUUGUACCAUGUCCCAAAUAAUCCACCAUCAGAUUCUGAUUUUGCCAUCUGGAAAUAUGAACUAUACAAGCAA